AUGAGUGUAGGAAAAUCUAACAAAUCUGAAUGGAAUUUAGCUGAGGAACCUCAAACACAACAUUUUAUUCAAAUUUUACAUAUACUCAGUUGUACAUUGAAUAAUUGGAAUGAUGUUAAUUUGAUGGAAUCAAUUUUCGCAUAUCAUCUUAAACGCAGGAUUUCAACGUAUGUGAAUAAAUGUGGUUUGGAAGGACAAACACGAAUUUUAUCAAUAAUAGGAGGAAGUUUUACUUAUGAUGAAAUCAAAAAGAAUCUAGAAGUGUCUAAUAAUGCAAUUCGUUAUGCUCGUAAGCAUGCAAAUUUAUAUAAAGUUGGUGGAAAGGCAUUUAAAAAACCUAUUAUAACGUAUGAAAAUUUUUCUGAAGAAAUACAACAACAACUACAAGCUUUUUUAUUAGAUAAAGCACAUGUUGUUAUGAGUUCCUAUAAAACUGAUCUAGUAACUAAUGAGCCAGUUCAUUAUCUCAAGCAUACCAAAGAAAUAUUGUGGAAAAAAUACCAUGAACAAUAUUUUGAUGGGAUGCAAUGA